GUGCCUCCUCAGCGUCGUAUUCUUUUCUUCCGGGAAAGCGGCUGUCCGCUGACCUGCCGGUUCCAUCGCCUAGCUCUGCAUGUGCUUACCCCUGUGAUCCGAUCAUCGCGCGUGAAACAGCUGCUUCUGAAUCCGCUUCAAAACUGCGCCACAGUUUUCCGCCUGGAGACGGUUAUCGCGGCAGAGCUGUUUCCGCCCAGCGACCCUUUCAGUUGCGAUCCUGCCCAAGUCCUUCAGCAGAGAGUUGCGAAUCCACCAUGGGUAGACCAGCAACGGCGGCCUUCAUCUGCCUUGUACUCUAUUUGUGCCUCAGCACCCAGCGGUGUUCCUUGCGCAACGACUCAGGUCCCCACUGCGAAGGCCACAUCAUCGAUGACGCCAAAGGGUGCUCUGCUUCAAUUGCGGCGUCGGUGCGAGCUAGGACGUGCAAAUGAACGCUACUCAGCGCUUUCAGAAUCACCUUCGCCGCCGGGUACGAGAUCGCCAUCGGUCUCUAUUCCAAGAUACCGCGCCGGAGAAUCUGUUGUUCUUUGUGGUCCGCCGUGUGCCUCUCAGGCCGGCAACGCUGUAGUUCAACGAGGCUUUCAGAAGCUUGCCGCCUGCUUCCGUGGCAAACUGACGCGUGACAUGUUCCUUACGGAGAAAGUAUCCACUCUUAUUAGGACAAUUAAGGACACUGCGAAAAUUGCCCUAUCCCUGUAUCUGGAAAACGCACCCGAUACUGCUGCCGGGGAUCCCCAGGAGCAGCCACGGACACUUCCGCCUGCAGAAGCUGAACUCGAGGCCCGUCUCAAUGUGCAGCUUCUGGCCGGUAGGACGUCGAUUAACCUUGCUGAGAAAUUCUCCCGCCUGGCGGAAGAACGAGAACACAAAGAUCCAACGGACAAAAUCAUCCGUUUUACUACCCGUUUCUCGCCUCGUAGCCGUGGCCAGGAGGCAAUUUUCGGAGUCCGUCUUGCCCCGUGCUUUCCGCAGAAGAGGCCGGCCCACUUCUAUCGCCGGCCCCAAAAUUGCUUCGUGAGUCCUCCUGCUGGCCCAGACAUUUACUUGUCUGCCCUUGCCUUAUGA